AUGGCUAAAGUAAAUCAGACUCUGCCUGAAUUCCUCCUUCUGGGGUUCUCCGACCUAGGGCCCCCUCUUCUGAGGGUGCUUCUGGUCUACCUGGCCACCUUGCUGGGUAACUCUCUGAUCAUCCUUCUCACAUGGGCCAGCCCUACCCUUCACUCGCCCAUGUACUUCUUCCUGCGCCACCUCUCCAUGGUGGAGCUCCUCUACACCACUGACAUCGUGCCCAGGACCCUGACUGACCUGGCCUCCCUGCACCCCUGCACCAUCUUCUUCCGGGGCCAUGCAGCCCAGAUGUAUGUCUUCAUUGUCCUGGGCAUCUCAGAGUGCUGCCUGCUCACAGGAAUGGUCUAUGACCGCUAGGCUGCCAUCUGCCGGUCCCUGAACUCCUCCACCCUCAUGAGCUGGUGGGCCUGCAUGGCCAUGAUGGGCAUCUCCUGGCUCAUGGGCAUCAUCACGGCCACCACCCAUUCCUUCCUCAUCUUCACCCUGCCUUUCCCCAGCUGCCCAAUCAUCCCACACUUCCUCUGUGACAUCCUGCCAGUACUGAGGUUGGCAAGUGCUAGGAAGCACAGGAGCGUGAUCUCUGUGAUGACAGCCACCGUGGUCUUCAUCGUCGUCCCCUUCUCUCUGAUUGUCACUUCUUACGCCCGCAUCUUGGGUGCCAUCCUGGCAAUGGCCUCCACCCAGAGCCACCGCAAGGUCUUCUCCACCUGUUCCUCCCACCUGCUCGUGGUCCUCCCCUUCUUUGGAACGGCCAGCAUCACCUACAUCUGGCCCCGGGCAGGCUCCUCUGUUACCACAGACUGCAUCCUCAGCCUCUUCUACACGGUCAUCACCCCCAUGCUCAACCCCAUCAUCUACACCCUUCGGAACAAGGAGGUGACAAGGGCCCUGCAGCACAUGGUGAAGAGGCAGGUCCCCUCACCCUGA